AUGUGGAAUUUCUGGAGUUCACCAGCCAAACAACCUCCAUCCCCUCCAAAAGGCCUCCCGGCAUCAUGGUACCGCUCAGAAGCAAUGUACCAACUGGAAAGACGAGCAGUCUUCUCCAAACGCUGGAUCCUCCUCACCCAUUCUAGCCGCUUGAAGAAAGCAGGAGACUACCUCUCCUUCACAGUGGCAAACUUUUCCUUCUUCCUCAUCCAAGACCGCGACGGCAACAUCAACAGCUUCCACAAUAUCUGCCGUCACCGCGCAUUCCCCGUUAUCCGCGAGCGAUCCGGCACAACUUCCAUCCUAAGCUGCAAAUACCACGGCUGGUCCUACGGUCUCAAGGGCAAUCUGUCAAAAGCACCUCGCUUUGAUAAUGAGACAGUUCCGGAUUUUGAUAAAUCUCAACACUCCCUCUUCCCUGUCCAUGUCCACGUUGACAGAGCAGGUUUCGUCUGGGUGAACCUACAAGCCGGGGACACAGACGUGAAAUGGGAAAAAGAGUAUGACACAAUUGACGAACAGCCUCGCAUGCAGGAUUUUGACUUUGCCGGCGAAUUCAAAUUCGAUCACUAUUGGGAAAUGGAACUUGAUGCGAAUUGGAAGGGCGUUAUUGAAAAUUACAAUGAAUGUUACCAUUGCGCUACUUCUCAUCCGCUGAUCAAUGGUGUUUCAGAUUUGCCGCGCUAUCGCGUUGAGCCUAAGGCUGCUUAUAUGGAGCAUCAUAUUUACAAUAAGGAUGCUGCUGAUAGUCAGUUUCGGAGGGCUAUUACUUAUUUUAAUCCUACUACCUCGGUUACUGUUACGGAUAAAUUCUUUUAUAUUCAACGUAUGAUUCCGGUCUCAGCCACGAAGAGCAAGAUCGAGAAUGAGGUUUAUCGUCAUCGAGAUGCUACGGAUGAGGAAUUCGAGAAUAUCAAUGCCUUCUACAGACAGGUCCUGGAUGAAGAUAAGGAGCUCUGUGUUGGAACACAACAGAAUCUAGAUGGUGGGGUGUUCACCAGUGGCGAACUACAUCCUAGCAAGGAAAAGGGACCGAUCCACUUUCAAAACAGCGUGCGACAAAUGGUGAUGGAACAUCGCCAAAAAGAAGAGAAAGAAGGCUGUGAGAUCUGGCCCGCUCUCCCAAUCACACCUUGGAUUAGCAAAUCCGAUGAGGAAGAGACAUUCUGUUCGAAAUUGGAUGCGGCAAGGUGUACAACUAGACCCGAGUUGGCAUGGUGA